AGAAGAGGGAAAGAGUUUAUAGCCGUUGAAAUAUCUAUAGGAUAUCAAAACAUCGUCAAUAAGCACCUUUCCAAUUAACGACUUCCUCUUCAGUACUCUACCUUUCUCUUUCUGUUCGGACACAGCAGGCACCUGUAUCCUAGACCUCCUCCACCAUGUUCCCCCCUCCCCCUCUCCCCUCCAUCCUUCGGGAUCUCAUAACCGCAAACCACAUCCUCCACCACGCCUCCAUCGUAGACGGCUAUGGCCACAUCAGCAUCCGCCACCCAGCCCAACCCUCCGUCUACAUCAUGGCCGGCUACCUCGCGCCCGCCAUCGUGUCCACCGCCGAAGACAUGAUCGAGUACCACAUCGCCGACGGCGCACCCGUCGACCCCAAUGCCAAGAAAGGGUACUCGGAGCGCUACAUCCACGGCGAGAUCUUCAAGCGCUUCCCGGGAGUGCACUGCGUGAUCCACAGCCACAGCGAGGCCGUGAUACCGUUCAUGGUCGCGGGAGUGCCAUUGAGGCCGGCGUUUCAUAUGGCCGGGUUCUUAGGCGAAUCCGUCCCGACCUUCGACAUAACCCCCCUCUACACCCCUACCUCCCAACGCGACAUGCUCGUCAACUCCGUUCCCCUCGGCGCAGCACUCGCCUCGCACUUCGCCGCCCCAGCGGCCCCAGCCGACUCCGCGCUCCCAGACAACCUGGUCGUGCUGAUGCGGCACCACGGCUUCACCACCUGCGGGGAAAGCAUUCAAGACGCCGUGUUCCGCGCCAUCUACACGCAUAAGAACGCGGCGAUACUGAGCAGCGCCGCGACGCUGCGGGCGGCGCACGGAUUGGAGGCUGGGGGGCUGGAUUAUCUGAGUGAGCAGGAGACCGAGGGGUGUAGGAGGAUGAACGAAGCGACGGCAGACAAGGCGUGGCGGGGGUGGGUGGAGGAGGUGCGGGCGGUGAGCUUAUACAGAAACGUGAUGAUCGAAGACGAGAAGCAGAAAGAGUGAAGGAGGGAGGUCCUUACAGGUUAAGCUUUAUGCUUGAACUACGAUGCGGCAUGGAAGGUUCUUAGAUCCUUGUGGAGCCGUUCGCCGUGGAGGAAGUCUGAGCGCGUUUUGUUGUGAUUGCCCAAUAGAAUAUCAGGGUUCAACCUUAUUUCUAAACUCUUCCUUAUAUUUGUGUUAUUUUUGAACUCCUCCAAUACUAACAGAGCAGCAUACAGAUGUAGGCCGUUCAGCGGUCCCGUAAAAAGUUGUGACCUUACAGUGUAAGGCACAGAGUAGCUGGGCGGCCGAACUGUUUUGCCAGUUGGAGAUCGAUUCGUGCUUGGGGUUGCUGGAUUUGGGAUUUUUGAGUUUUAUUGCUUACAAGUUACUACUACUUACAGUAUGAACGACAUUUGAAGUCGGAGUCACGCUCUUGGAUAGUUAGGAAGUAUGCUAUUGCGCCACGAUGUUUCCG